AUGCCGUUUAACAUUCGGAAGCCGUUCGCGCGGCGGACGACUGACCACCCCGUGAUCGAAGAGAAUGUGCCCGGCAACGUCAACCAGGUCGACGCUGAUGGGAAGGCUGCUCCCCACACCGACAACUCUGGCCAGGACGACGGUGCUAUCUCUUCAAGCGUCGAUCAGCUGAAGAAGUUCAAGAAGACACAUCAGUGGGACUACAACCUUGACUAUGACACCAUCGACGCUGCCACCAAGGUUGCUGAAACCGAUGAUGUCGAGAAGAAGGCCAACUUCGAGCAUGCCUUGCUCGAGGAGGACUCGCCUUACUUCGAAGUCAGGGCCACGGUUCGAAACUACGACGAGGAAAUGCCUGCAAACACCAUCAGAGCCUGGAUCAUUGGCCUUACUGCGACCACGAUUGUCUCUGCCGUCAACUUGCUGUUCUCUCUUCGCAACCCCUCAAUCAGCAUCUACGUCUACGUCGUGCAGCUGCUCGCGUAUCCGGUCGGAUGUGGCAUGGCUCGUGUCCUCCCGAACCAUCAGUUCAAUACGUUCGGCUUGAAAUGGAACCUCAACCCCGGCCCCUUCAACAUGAAAGAACAUGCCAUCAUAGUCAUGAUGUCGUCGGUAUCCAUUCAGGGAGGCGUCGCCUAUGCCACUGACGUCCUCCUGGCCCAGCAAGUCUUCUACAAGCAGAAUUUUGGCUGGGGCUUCCAGAUGCUCCUCGUGCUCACGACACAAUGUGUCGGCUUCGGCAUGGCAGGAAUCGUGCGCCGAUUCUUGGUCUGGCCUGCCGCCAUGAUCUGGCCCCAGACCUUGGCUCAGACGGCUCUUAUGUAUACCCUCCACGAUCACAAACCGACCGAUCCCGCCACGUCCAACGGAUGGAGCAUUGGCAGAUACCGGUACUUCCUCUACGUCUUUGCCGGGAGUUUCACAUGGUACUGGUUCCCCGGUUGGAUCGCCCAGGGCCUCACCUAUUUCGACUGGAUUUGCUGGAUCGCGCCUAAUAACAUGGUUGUUAACCAAAUCUUCGGCAACAAUGCCGGCUUCGGCCUUCUCCCAAUCACAUUUGACUGGACUAUCAUGACUGCCUUUAUUGGCAGUCCCCUACCCUACCCACUGUUCUCUAUCGUGAACACGCUCAUCGGUGUCUUCAUCUUCUUCUUGGUGGCCGGGCUUGGCGUCUUCUACACCAACACAUGGUGGGUUCAGUACCUGCCAAUCGCGAGCACACACUCUUUCGACAACACCGGUUCGGCGUACAAUGUGACAAAGGUCCUGACCCCCGAGAAGACACUUGAUGUCGCCGCUUACAAGCAGUACUCGCCUCUCUUCUUGGGGACGUUCUUCUCCCUCACCUACGGUGUCUCUUUUGGCGCCCUAUCAUCCGUCAUCGUGCACACCAUCAUUUUCCACGGUCCCGAGAUCGUCGAACGGUGGAAGCUGGCGCGAAACCAGGACGCUGACGUUCAUCUUAAGAUGAUGCGCAAGUAUAAAGACACACCAAAUUGGUGGUACUAUGCAUUGUUUGCUGUCUUGUUCGCCUUGUCCCUCGUCACCGUCCUGGUCUGGGAUACCCAUCUGACGUGGUGGGCGCUGAUCGUUGCGUUUCUGCUCUCCAUUGUCUUCCUCGUCCCUAUCGGCAUGGUCCAGGGCAUCACCAACACACAGCUUGGACUCAACGUGCUGACCGAGUUCAUUGUUGGUUACAUGCUCCCGGGACGGCCAAUUGCCAUGAUGCUCUUUAAGACCUUCGGCUAUAUCACGAUGGCUCAGGCUUUGUACUUCAUUCAGGAUAUGAAGUUCGGGCACUACCUCAAGGUUCCGCCGCGUAUCACGUUUACGGCGCAAGUCGUUGCUUGCGUUUGGUCCUGCAUCGUCCAAGUUGCCGUAUUCAACUGGGCUCUGGGCACUAUCCCGGGCAUCUGUGAAUCGGACCAGCCCAACGGCUACACCUGCCCUGGUGCUAGUGUUUUCUACACUGCAUCCGUGGUCUGGGGUGUCAUCGGCCCGGCGCGCGUGUUUGGCGCCGGUGGCAUUUACUCGUCUCUCCAGUGGUAUUGGCUACUCGGCGCUGCACUUCCCGUCGUUACCUGGUUCCUCGCGAAACGCUUCCCGCGUAGCAGCAUCCGGUACCUGCACUGGCCGCUUAUCUUCGGCGGUACCGGCUGGAUCCCGCCGGCUACAGUGUAUAUCUACCUGUGCUGGGGCGCGGUUGGCGUCUUCUUCAACGGCUUUAUCAAGCGCCGUUUCAGGGGCUGGUGGGCACAUUACAACUACAUCACGUCGGCGGGCCUCGACACGGGCUUGUACAUCUGCACGUUGCUCAUUUUCUUUGCGCUUAUCCUGCCCCAGAAGGUCAGCCCUCCGCAGUGGUUCAUGAACCCGCCCGCCGAUGGAAACCCGAACAUCACCAACGCCUUCAACAAUCUGGACACACAGGGCGCUUCUAUUCCACUGACCGUCGCUGACGGGGAGACGUUUGGGCCAACUACCUGGAAAUAG